GAGCAAAACACCAUGGCGGUCCUGCGUGCGCUUCUUCUCUGCCUCGCUCUCACAGCGACAAGCAUGGCGUCAGAAUGCGGCGACGCCGACUUGACUGCGAUCAAUGCCAGCGCCUCGGGCUGCUCUAGCUUUAACAUGACGGCGUCGACCAACGGCUCGAGCUUUGGCGCGUGGGAUGUGUGUGCGACAUCGGCGUGUCAGAACCUUCUCACGCGCUACCGCAACUUGAACUGCACUGUGAACGGGCUCACGGGCAGCGACAUCGCCUCGAUCACGUGUCCGAAUAUGAUUCUCCGCCCUCGCUCCCGUCACCAUCACAACGACCACGGUUGGGGCUCCGACGACGACGACUGCAGCAGUUCGGUGUGGAACGCGAUCGUUCUGAUCGUCGUGGUCCUUUGUGUGGUCACCAUUGGGAUCUACGUCUGGAAGCGCCAUGGACAGCAGAUUCGCCGACGCCUCGGGUGGAUCAACAGCAAUUCGUACUUUGCCGCCACAUCCGCCGCCGACGCCGACGUCUCGAACGUCAAAUUUGCUGCGGCGAGCUCUACCGUGCUCGUGCCGACGGUGCAGCUUCAGGGAAUCCAGAAGGGCGCGCCAGCCGCCGUGCCAUAUUCUUCCGUGUAA